UGCAGGGCAUCGGCGGGGGAGCUGUCGGCAUCCCUCGCUCUUCUCGAGGCGGCGGCGGAAGUCUUGGCCACCGCCUCCUGCGCACCCUCGUUGCCCCAGGAUUGCGAAUUCGUGCCCCCUAACCAGUUGGGCGGGGCUUUGCGCUCCUGCCCUCGGCGCGGAUGGGGCUCCUGGCUGGGACUCGGGGUUCCUGGAAUUAAUGUCCAACUGGGGGUCUGCGGAGACCGGAUCCGAGGUGCCGCUGCCGGACGGGACUCUAAGAUGAAGUUAUGGGAUGUCGUGGCUGUCUGCCUGGUGCUGCUCCACACCGCGUCCGCCUUCCCGUUGCCCGCCGGUAAGAGGCCUCCCGAGGCGCCCGCUGAAGACCGCUCCCUCGGCCGCCGCCGCGCGCCCUUCGCGCUGAGCCGUGACUCAAACAUGCCAGAGGAUUAUUCUGAUCAGUUUGACGACGUCAUGGAUUUUAUUCAGGCCACCAUCCGAAGGCUGAAGAGGUCGCCCGAGAAGCAAAUGGCCGUGCCACCCCGGAGAGAGCGGAAUCGCCAGGCGGCGGCCGGCAGCCUGGAAGGUUCCAGGGGGAAAGGGCGGCGAGGCCAGCGGGGCAGAAACCGGGGCUGUGUCUUGACUGCGAUACAUUUAAACGUCACUGACCUGGGUUUGGGCUACGAAACCAAGGAGGAACUGAUUUUUCGGUACUGCAGCGGUUCCUGCGAUGCGGCCGAGACAAUGUACGACAAAAUAUUAAAGAACUUAUCCAAAAAUAGGAGGCUGGUGAGUGACAAAGUCGGACAGGCUUGCUGCAGACCCAUCGCCUACGAUGAUGACCUGUCGUUUCUAGAUGACAACCUGGUUUACCAUAUUCUAAGAAAGCAUUCCGCUAAAAGGUGUGGGUGUGUCUGACUCCGGCUCCAGAGACUGCUGUGUAUUGCAUUCCUGCUACAGUGCAAAGAAAGGGACCAAGGUUCCCAGGAAAUGUUAGCCCCGAAUGGAAGAUGAGGACCAAGGAGGCGGAGGACGGAGGAGGAGGAGAAGGAGGAGGAAGAGGAAGGCAGCCAUUGGGGGAGCCUGGUAGAGGGAGAUUCAGCUACAGAGAACUGGACGGGAGAGGAAACAGCCA